AUGGCAAACCAAGGUAUAGUUUCGGGUCAUGUAAUUUUAGUCAAAGGAAUAGAGGUUGAUAAGGCAAAGAUUGAUUUAUUUCGUUCUCUACCGCCUCCGACUAAUGUGAACAAAGUGAGAUCAUUCCUUGGGCAUGUCGAGUUCUAUAAGAGAUUUAUCAAAGAUUUCUCUCAAAUCUCCACACCACUAUGCAAUCUUCUUCAAAAAGAUGUCAUGUUCAAGUUUAAUGAGAAGUACGUAGUGGCUUUCAAAUUAUUAAAAGAGUCUUUCACUAUAGCUCCAAUAAUUCUACCACCAACUUGGGAGUUGCCUUUUGAACUCACGCCUGAUGCAAAUUUUUUGUCUUACUUGAUUGGAACUAAAGUGAUUGUUUAUACUAACCAUGCUACUCUUCGGUAUCUAUUGGUAAAGAAAGAAGCCAAGCCUCGAUUUAUUCGGUAG